CGGAUUACGGAAAUUCCCAAUCUUUUUAUUAUUUUAUUUUUCAUUUUUGGGUUGGAAAGCGGCCCGCUGCCUAACUUAUAACUAUAUUAGACUCGAGCCCUCGAAAAUUUUCCGAUUCAGAAUUUGAUUUUUAUCUGUAUGCUACGGCUAAAUUAUUCAUCCCUAGAAACCUCCAACACCAUACAUUGACCCAGCAAUGGAACCAACACUGCAACCGAAGCAGUAUCCUGUAAAGAAACAUCAAGCUUCUGACUCACCUGGUUGGGACACAACACUUUUUCAGGGUAGCGAAUGCGAGUUUCUGCAUGAGUAUACUGAUGAAGGCCUAUGUCCUGUUUUGAUUGAUGAUUUGCUUGGUGGCUCAGACUUGAUUCAUAAAGGAAAGCUGUGUUCUUUCAGGAUCAUUGGAAAGCUGGGAAGAGGAUCUUAUUCUACUGUUUGGUUGGGAAGAGACAUCAAUUCUGGUGAAUACCUUGCCCUCAAAAUUCUACGACUUGAGUAUAGCACUCCAGACAACUCUGAGAUGAGUAUUCUACAGAAGCUUGGAAAACUUGAGGUUGCCUUUUUCCACACUCAUGUCCCCACACAAGAUCAAUUUCUCUGUCUUGGCCUAAAGCCACUUGGGUGUACUCUUCGGGAGAGGUUUAAUGCUGAAGUUGAUGCACCUGGUGAUGUUCCUUCUCUCACCAUAUUAGUGAGGACGAUCUUGAUGAAGGUGCUUACUUUUCAUCAGAAGGGAAUAUGCCAUGGUGACAUUAGCCCCAAUAAUAUUUCUCUAGGGGUACAUCCUGAAGCUUUUACCAAUGAAGCAUUGGUCAAAACUUUUGAGUUUGAUCAAAAAUCUUAUGUUAUACUCCGGAAUGUUUCAGAUUUGGACACACCGCCUCCACGCCCAGGUAAUCUGCCUGAGUAUAUCAUUCUCCGUUAUGGGACUCCUCUUAAAACAGAUGCACAAGAUAUGUCACUAGUUGAUAUAAUUGAUUUUGGCAAAGGGUUUGACACACCUUCAAAAUCAAAUGUCCUCGGGACAGAAAACUACUGUGCCCCAGAGCUGGAGCAUAGUGGUGCAAAUACUGCAACUGCGAAGUCUGACCUUUGGAGUCUAGGCUGUGUGUUCGCGUAUAUACCAACCUACCAGCAUCUAUUUGACAGGAAAAAUGACCUAACAUAUUAUCUCGCCGCCAACCACGAGGCACAGAUCUCAUACAUUGAGUCUCGGCUUUCGAUGAGCCACCUGAAAGACGAGCCAGAAUAUUGCCAUUCACUUGCGCGGCUCAUACAUUCUUUAGUACGAGUCGACCCAAAAGAACGUGAUCCGGAAGCCGCCAAGAGAAUACUUAAAAAUCUUGAAGCCUGGAGCCCCCAUAAAUAGCAGAAAUUCCCAUUUUAUGGUGUUGAAUAUAAAAAAAUGAGAUCAUCUUUGAUCUUACAGCGUGCUGCCACCCACUGAAUUUGCUUCGAUUCCCCUCGUUUGGUCUUUUGUUUGCUUCUCAUGUUUCAUUCCGGCUCUUCCCCCUCAUUUCUUUAUCUCUCUGCUUCUGUUUUUCUUUGAUUGACAAUAUGAGAGUGUACACAUGAUGACUGUUUAAUUGGUCAUGCUACAGAUCCUGUUUUGAAUAUUCUCACUUUUUAUACUGUAAUGAAACAACUGAACUGCAAAAUUUACAGACCUCUUGACUGUUCUUUACAAGUAGUGUUCUCAGUAGUAUUCUAGAGAAUAGAGGAAAUCUGGUAUGAAUAUUCUAAAGAAUAGGGGGUAUUUUACCUAGAAGUGAUAUCUAGCAUGACCAGAUCAUG